CAUACCAUGUUACAAAGCAAGAGAAAAAGUAUCCAUUGAAUUAAUAUUAACAACCUCUCUGUUUUCCUCUGUUUCUCACACAACACAAUGGAACACAAAAUGAAAACCACUACUUCUCCUCCUCAUCUACCAAUCCCAAUUCAUGUUCCCAUUCACACCAUGCUAUCAAACUCUACACCUUCUUCAUCUUCUUCACCUCCUUUACAAUCUCCCACACCUUUCCCUUCACCACCUUCUCAAUAUUCUCCUCCCUCUGCUGCUCCUCAACCACCAUCUCCUCCACCACCAAUUAUUGUUAGCCCUUGUGCUGCCUGCAAGAUUCUCCGUCGCAGGUGCGUUGAAAAGUGUGUGUUAGCUCCGUAUUUUCCUCCAACUGAUCCACUCAAGUUCACCAUUGCUCAUAGAGUCUUUGGAGCUAGCAACAUCAUUAAGUUCUUGCAGGAACUACCUGAACCUCAGAGAGCAGAUGCAGUAAGCAGCAUGGUUUAUGAAGCAAAUGCAAGGAUAAGGGACCCAGUUUAUGGGUGUGCAGGUGCAAUAUGUCAACUUCAAAAACAAGUUAGUGAGUUACAAACACAGCUAGCCAAAGCACAAGCUGAGUUAGUGAACAUGCAUUGCCAACAAGCAAAUUUAGUGGCACUAAUUUGCAUGGAAAUGAGUACUCAGUCAUCACCAGACCAUGACAUGAUAAUUAAUCAGCCACAACCUCAUGUUGAUAUGAGUUGCUUUUUAGAGGACAACAAUUUUGGGUCUGCUUGGGAGCCUCUUUGGACAUGAAAUUAAUUUAUAUGAAUAAUCAUUUAUUAUUAUAUAUGUAUCUUAGUUAAUUUAUAUGAAUUAUAUGUACUACUAAUUAAUUAGAAUAUUAUUAGUCUUUCUUUCCAUAGUAACUGUAAAACUUAAUUUCCAAACUCCAAGUGGAUGAAGACUAGAGCUAAUGAAAAUCAAACUGAGGGA